UUUCCUUGGACCGGGACACUGAAAGGGAACAUGAUUGAGACGUAUAAAAUUGAGGGGCAUGGAUAGAGCAGACCUAUUAGUGGAGGAAUCAAUGAGUAAGGGGUGUAAACUAAAGGUAAAGGGGAUGUGAGGGAAAAAAUGUUUUCAACCAGAGGAAGGGAGGAAUCUCGAACUCAUAGCCUGUAGGGGUAAGUGUAAGAGGCAGUAACCCUCAUAACGUAAUAAAUGUUUAGAUGUUGGCAUGCAAAUAGAAAGGUAUACAGGGUACAUGUCAUGGGUCAAGUGUUGGAAAAUAGAAUAGUUCAUUGUUUUUGAUUGGUGCAGACUGGAUGGGCCGAAGGUCUUCUGGGCUGUAGACCUCUAAGUCUAUAAAAUGUAAGGAAAAUAAUUUCGGAUAUGGGAAGAUAAAACACAUUCGUGCACCAAAUGAAUGUGGCCUGCAGGGUGCGCAACAGAUGCCAAUGCACCAGAUAUGUUUUGAAUUGUAAAGUGCAUAUCGGCGCAUUUGUUUUGAAUCUUGUGGGGAGCUGUAGUUCGUGAGUGCGCAUGCCGUCGCCUGGGUAACCGCGGAGCCACGUUGUUAGGGACGACGCCAAGAUGGUGAAAGGAGCAGACAAGAAGAAGAAGAAAGGGAAGGAGGAGAAGGAAAAAGAGAAAGAAAAGGACAAAGAGAAACUAACGAAGGGGAAAUCCUCCGAUUUGGUAGAGGAGGCCCUGUCAGAGGCGGAGCCGGUCCAUUCGGAAGGGAAUCUGAUGUGUCGGAUGGUGGCGGAACAUCAGGAUGAAACCACUCCAGACAUGUCCGAGAGCUCCGAGCGCCAUGGCCAGCCGAUGGAGAUCUCGGCGGUUUACUAUGAGGAGCCUAUUCUGACCAAAUUAAUAAUAGAGAGCUAUGAGGGAGAGACAAUACGAGGUCUUUACGAAGGUGUUGGAACUGCCCAUUUCCAAGGAGGCCAUGUUUACCAAGGCAUGUUUUCUGAAGGUCUUAUGCAUGGUAGAGGCACUUAUACGUGGAAGGAUGGAACAAAAUAUGAAGGAGACUUUUCAACGAAUACCCCUACAGGCCAUGGCACCUACACAUGGCCUGAUGGCAGCACCUAUGUUGGUGAGGUUGUAAAUGGAAUACGUCAUGGAGAAGGAAUAUUCACAAGUCCUGACCAAUUAAUUUCUUACACAGGAGACUGGCACCAAGCCAAAAGACAUGGGAAGGGCACUGUAUACUUCAAUCAAGAAGGGAGCUCAUGGUAUCAAGGUGACUGGGUAAACAAUGUCAGGGAAGGCUGGGGUACAAGGCGGUAUAAGAGUGGGAAUGUUUAUGAAGGGGAAUGGAAAGGCUUUCAACGCCAUGGGGAAGGCACCAUGAGUUGGAUUUCUACCAAUGAAGAAUACACAGGGCAGUGGCAAAAUGGUUUACAGCAUGGAUUUGGUACUCACACCUGGUUUCUGAAACGGGUUCCAGGUAGUCAAUAUCCCCAGAGGAACCAAUAUGUAGGGGAGUUUGUAAUGGGAGCCCGGCAAGGGCAGGGCAAGUUCUUCUAUGCUAAUGGAGCAGUGUACUCUGGAGAAUGGGUGGCAAAUAAGAAGCAUGGUUUGGGAACAUUCAUGUUGAAGAAUGGUCGUACUUUUGAAGGAAAGUUUUUGGAAGAUCAUAUGGUAGAGUUUCCUGAACUUUCAAUAACUGGAAUGAAGACACCGGACCUUGGUACAAUGCAAACCAAAUUGUUGCUUGAAACUGAUAAUAUCAAGGGAGGUAUUUCAAAGGGUGUCAUUAAAUCAGUUCUGGAACGCAACGUGGAACUUGAUAUUGCUUCACUUUUGGAGAUGAUUCCAAACGAAGAUGUACAAAAUGAGCGAAUGCAGCUAGAGUACGCUACUCUUCGAUAUUUAUCAGAACUGAGGAAAAUAUACAUUUUCUACAGUAGCCUGGGACAUCAGCAAACACUAGAUAAUACUUUCUUAAUGAGCAAACUCCAGUUCUGGCGCUUUCUGAAAGAUUGCAAACUUCAUCAUUAUGCCCUGAGUCUGGCUGACAUGGAUAGGAUCCUUAAUGGAAAAUUUACUACCCUGGAGGAAACUCACUCUCCAUUUGAUACAUUGUUGCUGGAGAAGUUCCUGAGCUAUAUUAUUAUCCUGGCAUACCAUAUUUACCACAAGACGCAUGAAGGCCCAGCAUCAUUACUUGCUACAUGUUUUUCUAAGGUAGUGACCAAUAACAUUAUUCCUUAUGCCUGCGAAGUUAACGGGAAUUUGUUUAAAGAAAAUCAAUGCAUUGUAAUUGCACUUGGCUAUAUAACUAAAUGCUGGGAGGUGUACAGAAUCCACUGCAUACAAACACGUAGGCCUCCUAACACCUAUAUCAUGACAAUGAGACACUUCAUAUGGAUGCUCAAGGAUCUAAAUUUAUUUAGCAAGGAUUUAACAGCAACCCAGGUAGUACAGAUCUUGUCUGAGGAUAACCCAGCAGUAUCUGAUGGAACUUGUAAUAACAUGAACGUUGAGAUGGUUUUCUUGGAGUUUUUGGAAGCACUUCUUAUGUGUGCAGCCGUGUAUGUGACUAAAAGAUUGCUUGAGAAUUCAGAAGCAUCUUCUAGAACCUCCAUUGAGGUGAAUGUAAUACACAUAGCAAGUGAUAUAUCUUUACAAAUGACUCAAGCACCAUCAGAGCAGAUUGUUACCCGAGAAUCAUCAAUAGCAGAACCAAAUGGACAAAGUGCAAAACCCAUUACAAAGAAACGCGGAGAGUCCACUCGGAAGAAAGGUAAAGCUUCUACUGGAUCAGUUGAAAAGUCUUCGAAAUCAUCUGCCCAUCAUGCAAAUCAUGGUAAAGCAGGUACAAACUCUGCAAAGAAUGCUCCAAAAGAUGAGGAACAAAGUCAAAGAAUAGCUCAAUCGGCACCUUCAAUGGAGAGUAACAAAAAGCAAUCUGAAGUCCCUCUGAGUGGAAUAGAAAAGAACCCUUCUGAAAACAUUCCAGAAGAAAAAGCUCCUUCAGAAAAGACCCCUUUAGAAAACAUUCCAGAAGAAAAGUCUCCAAUCAAGUCGGGUGCUGAGCUGGAAUUGUGGUUGAGCCAAGUUUAUUUCUUCUUUGUGAAGAGGUUGUUUCCAGCCCAUGAUCAUGCUGAAGUUCUGAAAGUGGAGGCAAAGAGGGACAUCGUGCGACAGAAUGAGCUGGCUCACCAGGCUAUGAUAAAGGCUGCAACAAGAGCUAGAUUGAAAGAGGAAGCCACGAAACUAGAACAAGAGGACGCUGAUUUGCUUCUGAUUGUACAAAGUCCUGGAGAACAAAGUGAGGAUAAUGAUAAACCCACUUAUCCAGUGCAGAAAACGCCCACAGAAGUUGCCCAUUUAGUGCCAAGUAGAAAAGGUAGUGGAAACAAAAAAAAGAAAAAGUCUCUAUGAACAAGUUUUGUAUUAACUUGGCAGAAUUUAUGAAACCUCAAAAUUAUAUUUUCACAGUCGAUGAAACCAGGCCAUCUUUUAAUUUUUUGCUGAAAGGUAAAAUCAAAUGUCAGUAAUCAAUAGUUUUAACCAUAGGUCAAACUAAGGCCAAUGCACCAAAAUCUAUCUCAGUGCAAGCCAUGCUGUGAUUAAUAAUUAUUAGUACUGCAAUUCCUCCACACUUCAUCUCUUUCCUUUUCUGUAAUCUUCUCCAAUUCUAUAAUCUUCAGGGAUAUUUGCAAUGCACCAUUUUCUAUCUUCUCGUACAUCGUUGGUUUUAAGCUCUAAACCAUUGAGGCCAUGUCUUCAGGUGCUUGGCCCUGAGCUCUGGAAUUCCCUCCCAAAAUCUAUCUAUCUUCCUCUCUCUACCUAUAAGCCAAUUCUUACACAUACAUGUUUCAAAAACUAUUUGCUUACCUGUUGAUAUUACCUAUGGCUGAUUGUCAAAUUUGAUUUGAGAUUGCUGCUUUUUGCAUUUAUUUAGGUUAUUGUUAGAUUUUAAUUGUUUGGCCUUGUUGAAAUGUUACUUUUUUGGCAAAAUAAAUUUUUGAGGAGUGACAAGCACAAAAGAAGCUCCUUGUAUGGAAUUUUCAUUCUACCCCAAACCAAUGCCCAAUGUAAAUAGGACAUGAGAGGAUUAAAACUUGAAGUAUUACCUCCUGACUUCUACCAAGGUAAUUUUUAAAUUUGUUGACCCUUAUCUUCAAACAUUAAAAGUCAGCAGAGACUUACAGGGGACAAAAGCUAUUGGUGGUGCAAUAUAAUAUUAACCUCCAUUAUUGCACUGACUACAGUCCAGCAGAAAGAGCCCAUUGAAUAUUAGAGGCCCAGGUCCAUCUUUCAAAAUUAUUUCUAUUAAAAUUUCUUGUUGUCCAAGGAAGACCUGAGUAUUCACCCCACAUUGCACAAGGAACCCUUGGGCUCUCCAAUAUCAGCAAA